GAGCCCAGGAACUAAGGCAGUUGUGUUUCUUUUGUACAGGAAAGGAAAUCGGAAGAUGAUGAAAGUGGUGAACCUCAAACAGGCCAUCCUCCAGGCUUGGAAGGAGCGGUGGAGUGAUUACCAGUGGGCCAUAAACAUGAAGAAGUUCUUUCCCCGGGGGACUACAUGGGACAUCCUGAAUUUAGCAGAAGCACUUCUUGAGCAAGCCAUGAUUGGCCCAUCUCCAAACCCACUGCUCCUGUCCUAUCUGAAGUAUGCCAUUAGUUCCCAGAUGGUGUCCUACUCUUGUCUGAUGGCCAUCAGCAAGUUUGAUGACUUCUCCCGAGACCUCUGUGUCCAAUCAUUGCUGGAAAUCAUGGAUAUGUUCUGUGACCGCUCAGGUAGGGACUGCCAUGGCAAGGCAGAAGAGUGCAUUGGCCUCUGCCGUGCCUUGAUGAGUGUCCACUGGAUGCUGCGCUGUGCUGCCUUCUACACAGAGAAAAUGAAGGCCUCUGAGCAGGGGUCUGCUGAGAACCAGCUCACGAUGUGCCUAGAGCGGCUGGCAAAGAUCCUGGGCAGCACCAAGAACCGGGCCCUGAUUCACAUAGCCAAGUUGGAAGAGACACCUUCCUGGAGCGCGAUUGAACAGUCUCUUUCCAAGCUGGGAGACAAUUUAGGACACAUCAGCAACAGCCAGUUACAAAGCCAGGCAGAGGAGUGCAUCGGCCUUGUCAAGAGUAUCCCCAUUAUGCUCUCUGUGCAUGCGGAACAGCUGAACAAAACUGGCUUCCCCACGAUCCAUGCCGUGGUGCUGCUAGAGGGGACAAUGAACCUGACUGGAGAGCCGCAGCCACUGGUGGAGCAACUCAUGAUGGUCAAAAGGAUGCAGCGCAUUCCGUCCCCGCUUUUCAUUCUGGAAAUCUGGAAAGCCUGCUUUGUGGGGCUGAUUGAAUCUCCUGAAGGGACAGAGGAGCUCAAAUGGACAGCCUUCACGUUCCUCAAGAUUCCACAAGUACUUGUAAAACUGAAAAAAUAUCCUCAAGGAGAAAAGGACUUCACCGAAGAUGUGAAUUGUGCCUUUGAGUUCCUCCUGAAGCUGACGCCCCUUCUGGACAAGGCCGACCAACGCUGCAACUGUGACUGCACGAGCCUUCUCUUUCAAGAAUGUGGCAAGCAGGGCCUGCUCUCCGAAGCCAACAUGAACAACCUUAUAGCCAAACGUAGGACCGCUGAUCGGGAACACGCACCGUUAAAGUCUCCUGAGAAUGCUAACAUUCAACCCAACCCAGGCCUCAUCCUGCGAGCAGAGCCCACCGUCACCAACAUCCUGAAAACAAUGGAUUCAGAUCACUCGAAAACCCAGAAGGGGCUGCUGGGCGUCUUGGGACAUAUGCUGUCCGGGAAGAGCUUGGAUCUGUUGUUGGCAGCUGCAGCAGCUACAGGGAAGCUGAUCUUUGCCCGGAAAUUUAUCAAGCUUAAUGAACUAACCAAGCACAUCAGCGGAGAAGGCUCCAAAGCGGCGUCAGUCAGAGCGCUUCUCUUCGACAUUUCCUUCCUCAUGCUGUGCCAUGUCGCCCAGACCUACGGCUCUGAGGUGAUCCUUUCUGAAGCUGGUCCACCUGGGGAAGUGCCUUUCUUUGAGACCUGGAUGCAGACCUGCAUGCCAGAGGAAGGGAAGAUCCUCAACCCUGAUCACCCUUGCUUCCGGCCCGAUUCCACCAAGGUGGAGUCUCUAGUUGCUUUGCUCAACAAUUCGUCAGAAAUGAAGUUGGUACAGAUGAAAUGGCAAGAAGCGUGUCUGAGCAUCUCUGCUGCUAUUUUGGAGAUCCUGAACGCCUGGGAGAACGGGGUUCUCACCUUUGAGUCCGUCCAGAAAAUCACAGACAACAUCAAGGGGAAGGUGUGCAGCAUGGCUGUGUGCGCUGUGGCCUGGCUCGUAGCUCACGUCCGUAUGCUGGGCUUGGACGAGAGAGAGAAGUCAUUGCAGAUGAUCCGGCAGUUGGCAACUCCCCUGUAUGGUGAAAACACCCUGCAGUUCUACAGUGAGAGAGUGGUGAUCAUGAGUUCAAUCCUUGAGCACAUGUGUGCUGACGUCCUGCAGCAGACAGCUGCAAAUAUCAAGUUCUCAGCCACAGGGGUCAUCACUAUGCCCUACUGGAACUUCCUUCCUGCCAAGAAGCCAAUCAAAGAGGUGCUGAUGGGCGUCUUCUCCAAGGUGCUAGAGAAAGGCUGGGUGGACAGCCGAUCAAUCCACAUCUUUGACACCCUUCUGCACAUGGGUGGAGUCUACUGGUUCUGCAACAACCUUGUCAAGGAGCUGCUGAAAGAGACACGGAAAGAGCAUGCAAUGCGGGCUGUGGAGUUGCUCUACUCCAUUUUCUGCCUGGACAUGCAGCAGCUGACGCUCACCCUCCUCGGACACAUCCUGCCCAAUUUGCUCACAGACUCCUCCAAGUGGCAUAUGCUGAUGGACCCUCCAGGCAAGGCUCUGGCCAAGCUGUCUGUGUGGUGUGCCUCCAGCUCUUACUCCUCCCACAACAAGGGGCAGACUUCGGCUUGGCAGCGCAAGAGGCACCGAGAAGAUAUAGAGGAUUACACCAGUCUCUUCCCGUUGGAUGAUACCCAGCCUUCCAAACUGAUGCGCCUGCUCAGCUCCAAUGAGGAAGACACCAGCAUCCUGUCUAGCCCCACAGACCGCACGAUGAGCACUUCGCUGUCUGCCUCGCAGCUGCACACAGUCAGCAUGAGAGAUCCUCUCAACAGAGUCCUAGCCAACCUCUUCCUGCUGAUUUCUUCCAUCUUGGGAGCCAAGACAGCCGGGACACACACACAGUUUGUUCAGUGGUUCAUGGAGGAGUGCGUAGACUGCUUGGAGCAAGGAAGCCGUGGCAGCAUCCUCCAGUUCAUGCCCUUCACCAUGGUGUCGGAGUUGGUGAAAGCAUCCACCAUGUCUAGCCCCAGAAUUGUGCUGGCCAUCACGGAUCUCAGCUUGCCUCUGGGACGCAGGGUGGCUGCCAAAGCCAUUGCUGCCUUGUGAGCAUUCCACAGGCCCUGCUGCAGGUGAGAGGGGGAACCCUAAGAGCAAAAUCCCACCAGUGGGAUAAUGGAGA